GGCAGAGUAGGGAGAGAGGCCUGCUGGAUAUGGCCUAGCGUCUCCGUUUCCCUCGCCCUUGAAUGUUGCAGUAGUGUUUUCGAGUGCGCGACGCGCUCCGGCAUCCCGUCGAGGUGUCGCUGAUAUGUCGGAGUUUCCGCAGCUGCCCGAUGCUGUAUGGAGCUUCAUCAAUUCCCUGCGUGAGGCGGAUAUCCCAGGUAACGCGGCUACAACCAGCGGCGCAGCGUCUUAUGUGUCGUGACGUCCCUCUAUCUGUCUGCAGGAUUCAUCCCCACCUGCCCCAUCACGAUGGCCAUUCCCCGCCAGCCUGUGCAGAGCACCACCUCCCAGACCACAUACGAGUACAAAGCCAUACGCGACCACCUGAACCACGUAAGAGGCCAAGCAGCAGCACCACCGACCGACCCAUCCAGCGAACACACCCAUCCAUCUCUUUUGCCUUUGCCUGCCACAGAACAACUCGAGUCCGACCAGUCGGCAGAAGUUGAGCAAGAAGAAGCUCAUUCCGGACCGCACCGCCCUCGGCGUCAUCGAGGCAUGGGCCCGGGAGCAGAUGAACAAGAACCAGAAGAGGGGUGCGCAGGAGGGCGGCGAGUCGGCGGCCGAGAAACGGGUGAAGCUCAAUGGAGGUGGCGCGGCGGCAGCGCCGGCCGGCGCUGCUGGGGUGGGGCAGGGGGAGGCGGCGGGGGUGGGGGCUGCGGGAGCCCGUGAGGUGAUAGAUUUGGCUGACGACUUGGCUGACGACGACGGUGAUGGGGAUGCGGCACCGCCGGCCAUCAACUUAGGUCAGCCUCCGGCUGCGCUCAUCACCAAGGUCAGGUCAAGGAUUGCCAAUAUGAAUGGAUGGGCGGGGCGGUGGCUGACCUCCAGUUCUGCUGUUUUUUGUGCAUUGUGCAGGUCAAGGUCGCCAAGACGGUGCUGCAGAACAUGAUGCAGUGGUUUGGCGAACUCAACCCUCAAGCAGAGCCGUCGGACCAGCAGGUUAGUCGUGUGAGGGGUGGAUGGCGCACAUACCAACACACGAACAUGACCCCAGUGGCGGCAAUCCGUUUUUGGUCGUGUGUUGGUCAGGUAGAGGAGUUGAAGAAGACGUUGAGCCGGAGCAACCGUGUCGAGAAGGCCUUCACGGAGUGGGUGUGCUCGGCUGUCGAGCCCAACACCGAGGCCAGGAACACCCGCAGCAGAGCAAGGGGUGGGAUGGGCAAGCGGUGGACAAGCACCUUUUCCCCUGCAUGUCUGCAUGGCAUUGUGUUCUCAGACACCUACUCGCGUGUUCCCAAUGGCGCAUUCAAGAUGGGCGUGUCGGCCAUACUGCGGGUGAGGGGGCGAGUGUGGCCGUCAUGUGUGGAUGGGUGUGAAUGCGUCCCAUUCUGUUGUGUGACUUCGCUGGAUGCAGGCGAUAUACCCUGCCGCUACUUGAAGAGCAGCUAGGGGAGGCUGGUCUGUCCGUCCCUUUGGCGGCCACGAAUGGUCAAGCUGUGUCAUGCGACUCAUGCCUCAUGAUAUUUCCCCAACCCCUAUUUUGCCAACGAUCGCUGCCUAAACGUGUCACUCACUGACCACCACCUACCUAUUCUCUAAUUGUUUAUUCAUCGCUGUCUGCCUGCCUGCCUGCCUGCCUGCCUGUGACCCUGACUGUACAUAUA